UAAUAAACAAUGAAGUCCAAGUGACACUGUGACACUCUUGUGUAAUAAUACAGGUGAGAUAUUACUGAAAUCCAGUUAUCCCAAGAUGGCGGUUGUCGUCCGUUGUUCCGCCACUAUUCGCCGCCCCAAUUCCGGCAGUCAUUCCCUGGGAACCGACAGCCUUCCGGCCAAAACCCAUCUCUCCGGCAAGGUCGGUUCUCUUCUGUUAAAAAUCAGAAAGUUUUUACUUCCUUCUGUGAGUAAAUUCGAUAGAUCAUUAGACUCUCAUGAAGCAGGUCGCAAACUUAUGAAUCUGCAGCAAGAUGUUACUGAACAGUACUCCCUCAAACCAACAUAUCUGGUUGGUCGUAAGCAAAGUUAUGCCGACAGUGUUAUCGACCAUGUUUCUCCACAUCAGAUACAGUCCUCAUCAUUGGCCCUUAUUAUCACCAAUGCUUUGAUGUUCUAUACUCCACUUGAAGCCCUGGCUGAAACAUGUGAAAGUGCUAGAUCUGUCCUUGAGAUGCCUGUACUGCUAUUUGUAGCACUUGUAGGAGCCACUGUUGGAGGCUUACUGGCACGACAACGGAAGGGAGAACUGAAUCGCCUUAAUGAACAGCUUCGCCAGAUAAAUGCAGCUCUAAGAAGGCAAGCUAAAAUUGAGUCGUAUGCACCUGCCUUGAGUUAUGCUCCGGUUGGUGCUAGGAUAGCGGAGAGUGAAGUUAUCAUUGAUCCGAGGAAGCAGGAGUUAGUUUCCCACCUGAAAACUGGAAAGAAUUAUUUAAGAAACCAAGACCCGGAAAAGGCAUUUGUAGAGUUUAAGACAGCUCUUGAACUUGCUCAGAAUCUCAAGGAUUCCAUAGAGGAGAAAAAGGCUGCUAGGGGCUUAGGAGCAUCACUGCAAAGGCAAGGAAAAUACCGUGAGGCCAUUAAAUACCACUCUUUGGUUCUAACAAUUUCAGAAAGAGAAAAAGAAGAUUCUGGAAACACAGAAGCUUUUGGAGCAAUAGCUGAUUGUUAUACAGAACUUGGUGACUUGGAGCGAGCUGGUUUUUACUAUGACCAAUAUAUUGCAAGGUUAGAGACGGAUUGACGUGUACUUUUUUUCGCAGAAUUUGUCUCUUUAGUUUUGACUUCUGGGUGGUUUAUGAAAAUUUUGUAGACAUAAUAUUAUGACUACUUGAGAAUAACAUUUUCCAAAUCAUUUUGUGUUA